AUGGUUUUCGGAUUCGGUGACGACAAAAAAGAUCAAAACAAGGGUGGUAACUCUGACUCUUACGGUAACCAAGGUGGUAACUCUGAUUCUUAUGGUUCAGGUAACCAAGGUGGUGACUCUUAUGGUAACCAAGGUGGAAACCAAGGUGGUUUUGGUGGUUCCGGUAAUGAUGAUUCCUAUGGUAACCAAGGUGGAAACCAAGGUGGAUUUGGUGGAAACCAAGGUGGUGACUCUUAUGGUAACCAAGGUGGAAACCAAGGUGGUUUUGGUGGAAACCAAGGUGGUGAUUCUUAUGGUAAUCAAGGUGGAAACCAAGAUGAUUCCUACGGUAACCAAGGUGGAAACCAAGGUGGAUUUGGUGGAAACCAAGGUGGUGACUCUUAUGGUAACCAAGGUGGUAACAACAAUGACAACUAUUAA